UUGUAUAUUUGAAAAUAAAAAUGGCAGCAAAGUGCAACACUGCAGGCGCAAUGCCAUGCGACUUGACCCGCGACGUUUGCCAGUUGAAGGAAUCGGUGAGGUCACAGGGCAAGCAGCUUGGGCGGCUGGUCAGGCACAUGAAGAUGGGGUGCAAAAAGCCGCCAAAUCAGAGCACUCUAAAGGGUCUCAAUCCCUGCCUGCCUUGCUUCAAGCCUGACUUUCUCUAUCAUCUGGGCAUGGACACGGCCACGACGAACUUCCCCAAGGUCUUUGGCGAUGUGCGGUUUGUUUGCAUGGGUGGUACGCCUGGACGUAUGGAGAGAUUUGCUUACAGGAUUAUGAAGGACCUCCGUCUGAAGCUGAGCCCGGUCACUACACUUAGGAAUAUGGCCGAUGGUCAUCGCUUUGCGCUCUACAAAGUGGGCCCAGUGCUGUGUGUCAGUCAUGGCAUGGGGUGUCCGUCGAUAUCUAUACUGCUCCAUGAGCUCAUCAAGAUGAUGCACUAUGCAAAGUGUCAGAAUCCCGUCUUCAUCAGAAUUGGGACCUGCGGCGGCAUCGGAAUAGAGCCCGGAACCGUGGUCAUCAGCUCGGAGGCACUGGACUGCAAGCUCAAUCCCUGUUAUGAGGUAAUCGUUCAGGGCAAAAUCGUGCAGCAUUGCAGCAAACUAGACCAGUGUUUGGCCCAAGAACUCCAAUCACUGGCGAAUCCUUGCGAAGUUGACUUUGAGACAGUUGUUGGUAAGACCAUUUGCGCCGACGACUUCUAUGAAGGCCAGUCGCGCCUCGAUGGUGCCUUCUGCGACUACACGAGUCACUCGAAGACCGCCUAUCUUCUCGGCCUGAAGGGUAACGGAGUGGUCAAUUUCGAUAUGGAGAGUACCGCCUUUGCCGCUCUCACAAAGCGGGCCAAUAUACGCUCUGCCGUCGUCUGCGUUAGCGUCAUCGAUCGUAUGAACGGUGAUCAGAUACGUGCAUGUCCGAAAUCCCUUAGUGUGUGGGAGAAGCGCCCUCAGGAGCUCGUGUCGCGAUACAUUCGCAAAGUACUCCUGGACGAAGUCAACGAAGCCAAAAAAGUGAAAGACGUUCCUGCCCGCUGCGUGGGAGGAGAAUCGGAGAUCUGAAUUGCGGCGAAGGAUUAUUUAUUUACAUACUUUCUCUGGCAAU